AUGUCUGACAGCAUCGCUUACCCGUACAAGGAGAACGGUUACACGGUCUACUCUACUGCUGCUUGCCCCUAUGCACAGCGCGCUCUGCGUGCUCUGGAAUUUGCCAAGCUGAUCCCUACCGACGCUAUCGAGCGUGCCCAGCUGAGACUCUUUGUUGAAAUCUUCAGCAGCCGUGUGAAUCCGCAUAUCCUUGGAUCUCUGCGUGCUGCCACCAAGGACGCUCAGGAGGAGCAGAUCCAGAAGCUUCUGAGCGGUCUGCGUGAAGUCAGCGACGAGCUGACCAAGCAGUGGGAGCGCCCAAGCGGCAAGAGCGGACCGUUCUGGUUCGGUGACAAGUUUUCGCUUGCCGAGGUCAACACUGUGUCGUUUGUCAAUCUGUUUGCUGGCCCGAAGCACUACCGCGGACUGGUCAUCCCCGAAACUGAUGAGUAUGCUGCAUACCACAAGUGGGUGGCAGCAUUCUCACAGCAUCCCCUGUAUACUGCUUUCCAGACGCCCGACACGUCUGUUGUGAGCACCCUGAAGAACUAUGUUGCUGAGGAUUAGAGACUAUAUUUUCU